CGCUUGAGAUUUUUCCUGUCGCCUUACCUCUAUGGUGCCUCCUCCGUUUUCUCUCCCGUUGCUGCUGCGGACGACAAGAUGGCGGCGGCGGUAGUGGCGGCGGGCCCAGGCUUAGCCCCUGCGGGCCCCUUCGAGAGCCGCGUCCUGGCCUACACCCUGCACCGCUGGAGCAGCUUCUCCUCCACGUACCUGCCCGAGAAUAUUUUAGUAGACAAGCCCAAUGAUCAGUCUUCACGGUGGUCUUCUGAAAGCAACUACCCUCCCCAGUAUCUGAUCUUGAAACUCGAAAGACCUGCCAUAGUCCAGAGCAUCACAUUUGGAAAAUAUGAGAAGACCCAUGUCUGUAAUUUAAAGAAGUUUAAAGUUUUUGGUGGGAUGAAUGAAGAAAACAUGACAGAUUUGCUAUCUAGUGGCUUAAAGAAUGACUAUAAUAAAGAAACAUUCACCUUGAAGCAUAAGAUUGAUGAGCAGAUGUUCCCGUGUCGAUUUAUUAAGAUAGUUCCACUGCUGUCGUGGGGUCCAAGCUUCAACUUUAGCAUCUGGUAUGUCGAACUUAAUGGCAUCGAUGAUCCGGAGGUGGUCCAGCCCUGCCUCAAUUGGUACAGCAAGUACCGUGAACAGGAAGCCAUUCGCCUCUGUCUGAAGCACUUUCGGCAGCACAACUACACGGAGGCCUUUGAGUCCCUGCAGAAGAAAACCAAGAUUGCGCUAGAGCACCCCAUGCUGACAGACCUUCAUGACAAGCUGGUCUUGAAGGGAGACUUCAACGCUUGUGAAGAGUUGAUAGAGAAAGCUGUGAAUGAUGGUUUGUUCAACCAGUAUAUCAGUCAGCAGGAAUACAAACCACGAUGGGGUCAGAUAAUCCCCAAAAGCACCAAAGGUGAUGGUGAGGACAGCAGGCCUGGAAUGAGAGGAGGCCAUCAAAUGGUCAUUGAUGUGCAGACAGAAACAGUUUAUUUGUUUGGUGGCUGGGAUGGGACUCAGGACUUGGCUGACUUCUGGGCGUAUAGCGUGAAGGAAAACCAGUGGACAUGUAUAUCAAGAGAUACUGAAAAAGAGAAUGGCCCCAGUGCCAGGUCAUGUCACAAGAUGUGCAUUGACAUCCAGCGAAGGCAGAUCUACACACUGGGCCGUUACCUGGAUUCCUCUGUGAGAAACAGCAAGUCUCUGAAAAGUGACUUCUAUCGCUAUGACAUUGACACAAACACGUGGAUGUUGCUGAGUGAGGAUACUGCUGCGGACGGAGGCCCCAAGCUUGUGUUUGAUCAUCAGAUGUGUAUGGAUUCAGUGAAGCACAUGAUCUACACCUUUGGAGGAAGGAUUUUGACGUGCAAUGGUAGCGUGGAUGACAGCCGAGCCAGUGAGCCACAGUUCAGUGGCCUCUUUGCCUUUGACUGUCGAUGCCGGACGUGGAAGCUCUUGCGAGAGGAUUCCUGUAAUGCUGGUCCUGAAGACAUCCAGUCUAGAAUAGGACACUGCAUGUUGUUCCAUUCAAAAAACCGUUGCCUGUACGUCUUUGGAGGGCAGAGGUCGAAAACAUACCUGAAUGAUUUUUUCAGUUACGAUGUAGACAGUGAUCACGUGGAUAUCAUCUCGGAUGGCACGAAGAAAGAUUCAGGAAUGGUUCCAAUGACUGGCUUCACCCAAAGAGCUACCAUUGAUCCAGAACUAAAUGAAAUCCAUGUGCUGUCUGGACUUAGUAAAGACAAGGAGAAGAGGGAAGAGAAUGUUCGAAAUUCCUUCUGGAUUUAUGACAUUGUAAGGAACAGCUGGUCUUGCGUCUACAAGAACGAUCAAGCAGCCAAAGAGAACCCAAGCAAAAGCCUUCAGGAGGAGGAGCCCUGCCCCCGUUUUGCACACCAGCUUGUGUAUGACGAGUUGCACAAGGUCCAUUAUUUGUUUGGAGGGAAUCCAGGCAAAUCCUGUUCUCCAAAGAUGCGGCUGGAUGAUUUUUGGUCCCUGAAGCUGUGUCGACCUUCCAAGGAAUACCUGCUGCGCCACUGCAAAUACCUAACAAGGAAGCACAGGUUUGAAGAGAAGGCCCAGACAGACCCACUAAAUGCCCUGAAAUACCUGCAGAAUGACUUGUUUGUCACUGUAGACCACUCGGAUCCGGAGGAGACGAAAGAAUUCCAGUUACUUGCUUCAGCCCUCUUCAAGUCUGGCUCAGACCUGAGCACUCUGGGGUUUUCCGACGUUGACCACAUCUACGCCCAACGAACUCAGCUGUUUGAUACCUUAGUGAACUUCUUUCCCGACAACAUGACGCCUCCCAAGGGCAACCUGGUAGACCUCAUCACGCUGUGACAGGGCAGUUGCUGGACACGUGGAAGGAGGGGACGGGGGGUGGGUGGGAGAGAACUUUUUUUUUUGCUUUCAGUAUUUUUAAUUUUUUGUGUGUGUCUGCAUUGAUUAAUUGAGUGACUGGUGGACUGCAGUAAUAGAGCUACCUGACAUUGAAGGGGGUUUAUGGAUAAUACCAAAUGGGAUUGAGCUAAUAAAAGGCAAUUGAUGUUCUUCUAA